CAUGUCAAAAUGGCGUAGCCGGGAAAAAUGAAAACAAGAUGUUUGAAGACACCGAUAUUUAACAACUAAAUCUGCACAAAAGAUAAACAUGAAAUUAGAAUUGUACAAUGAAAUUGUCAAAGCAAUCCCCGUUAAUACUUCUCGAGGUUAUCUUUCGCAAGUUGCAGCAAGGUUCCCAGGAGUUCCAAAAAAGACUAUAGGAAGCAUCUUAUCUCAAGAAUACCAGAGGAAGACGAGGAAGAGCCACCAUUACCACUCCAACCAAGAUGCUCUUGAACAUGACUACAGCGUUUACCUGACAGGAGUGGAGGCCAAACAGGAGCACAUUCUUCUGACACUGGCAGACACGACUGAUCAGAAUGCGUCAAUGUUAGCCCGCAGAAUUCUUGACAAAUAUUUGGCCGAACAAAAUGGAGGAAAGAGUGUUCACAAGAGCAUCGUGAGUAGCAUGAUUAAGGACCCCAACCUGAUUGAUGACCCAGUACUGGCCAGGGAAGUGUUCGAAUGUAUUGUGUGUGAUGACUACUAUGGACCAUACGUGGAAAGUAUCAAGCGUUCUGUUGGCCAUGAAUACGAAUUCAAGCUGACAAAGACUCUGGAUGAGCUCGGCCUGUCCUACAUUGAGGAGGACCAGAUGCGGGAACGAGGCUAUGACAAAACUCCUGAUGUCAAACUGGAGAUUCCAAUAGCUGUUGAUGGACAUAUUGUGAACUGGGUGGAGAGUAAGGCAUCGUUUGGGGAUGAGAUGAGUCAUCGAGGUUACCUCAAGGACCAGUUCUGGGCCUACUGGAAUCGAUUUGGCCCCGGCAUGGUGAUCUACUGGUUUGGAUUUAUUGACGAACUUGAUGUGAACCAGGAUAAAGGAAUUAUUCUGAGGGACAGUUUCCCCGAAAACAUUGUUAAAAUGAACCCUCUCCUCAAACAGGAAGUCACUGGGCAGGGAAAGAGCUGAGAGUUAUCUCCCUUAGGAAAUGUACCUGUGAUGGAUUGGAGUGACAACUUACUGUUACAUACUUGCUGAAAUAGAUAUUGGAUUAUUACAUUUGAUAAAGUAUAGAAAUAUU